AUGAAUCAAAAUACCCCCUCGCCCAGCCCUAUAUCCAAAUCCUCCAUCGGCUCGAGACCCUCCCCGACCCCGACUACGGGCAAGCGCAAGCGAAACGCGACAAAAUACUAUGCCGUGAAGAAAGGCCACAAGCCAGGUGUUUACGCCGAAUGGAAAGAUUGCCUGGCUCAAAUAACCGGCUUCAAGGGAGCAAUUUUCCAGAGUUUCCCCUCAGAAGAAGCCGCGGAUGCGUUCAUAAAGGGACUUAAGCUCCCAUCCACGACAGACGACUCCGACGACACGCGGUUUUACGGAAUACAGAAAGGACGGGUCCCCGGCGUGUACACAGACUGGACUAAAGCACAAGAACAGAUCCGAGGGUUCCAGCGACCUCGAUACAGGAAGUUCUCGUCGCGCGAAGAAGCCGAGGACUUUGUGCGCGAAGGACGGCAAGAGGCCGCUUCAUUUGGCGUCGCGGAUGGCGUAUCUGCGCCUCACGGAAUCACACUUGAAAUACCAAAAGACGCCGAGGGCGUUGAGUUCGCCGCGGGUGACGCACCAUUGCCAAUUGGCGCCGAAGAUGGAUUUGACCCUAAUGUUCUCUUGGAUCCGGCGACUGGGAAGGUGGUUUAUAAGACCGUCCCCCAGAAGCAAGCGACCAAGCCACAAACCACCGGUAUCCCCGGCACUCUUCGCAUAUACACCGAUGGAAGUUCAUUACGAAAUGGGACCCCAUUGGCAUCGGCCGGGGUAGGGGUAUACUUCGGGCCGGGUGACUCAAGCAGAAAUGUCUCCGAGCCACUCAAAGGAAGCCGUCAGACUAACCAGCGCGCGGAGCUCACGGCGAUUCUACGGGCAAUUGAUAUUGCGCCUCGGCAUCGCCAUGUGACUAUCGUCACGGACAGUCGAUAUGCGAUUGACUGUGUCACGGUGUGGUUUGUGAAUUGGCGGCGCAACAAUUGGAUGACUCGAGACAAGAAGCCGGUGGAGAAUAAAGACCUGGUAGAGUCUAUCUUGGUGAAGAUCGAGGAACGCAAUGAUCUCAAGGUCAGGACGGUGUUUGAAUGGGUCAAGGGUCACAACAAAGAUCCUGGCAAUGAGGAGGCUGAUAAGUUGGCCGUCAAUGGUGCCCAACGUGGCGUUUCCGCUAAGGCUGAGGCGUUUGACGUUGCCCAAAAUGUGCCCGACGAGGUAUUUGAAGAGGACUUUUAG